AUGCAUGCCUAUGCUCUCCUCGCGCUCGUUCCUCUGGCUAUAGCCGCUCCCCCUUCUUCCUUCCACAAGCGUGAGCAGAUAGCUCCUCUAAUUGUUCCCCUUGGCGGCAACCACAUUCAGGAUAAAUACAUUGUUCGUAUGAAAAAGGAAACCGUUUCAUCUUCUGUUACUUCUGCUCUCAGCUCCAUCAAGGCCAAAUCCGAUUUUGUGUAUGCCCACAGCUUCAAUGGGUUCGCGGCUACCUUGGAUGACGAAGACCUUGCAACCAUUCGCAAGAAUCCUAUGGUUGACUACGUGGAGAAGGACCAAACUAUUUAUGUUUCUAUGACGCAACAAAAUGCUCCAUGGGGCAUUUCACGCCUUUCUUCCAAAACGCCCGGCAGUACCACUUACAAUUACGAUCCAUCCGCUGGUGAGGGUACUUGUGUCUACGUUCUUGACACCGGUAUCGCUAUUGCCCAUCCCGAAUUUGAGGGUCGUGCAACUUGGGCCGCCAACUUCGCUGGUGAUGGUCAGAAAGUUGACGGUGUCGGUCACGGCACCCACUGUGCUGGCACGAUUGGCUCAAAAACCUACGGAGUAGCCAAGAAGACCCAGCUCUUCGCUGUCAAGGUCCUCGGCAAUGACGGAUCUGGCACUAACUCGGGUGUACUCGCUGGUAUGGAGUGGGUUGUCAAAAACGCCAAUAAGUCCAAGUGCCCCAAGGGUAUUGUUGCAAGCAUGUCUCUUGGUGGUGGCUUUUCCCAAGCUAUGAAUGAUGCCGCCGCCGCUAUCGUCAAUGCCGGAAUCUUCCUUGCUGUUGCGGCCGGAAAUGGCGCUGCCAACGCUGCUCAGACUUCUCCUGCUUCCGAGCCCAAAGUCUGCACUGUUGGUGCCUCUGAUGUGAAUGAUCGUAUUGCUGAGUUCUCCAACUUCGGCAAAGUCGUUGAUGUCUUUGCUCCCGGUGUUGGGAUUCUAUCCACCAUACCUGGAGGCCGUACCGAGAAGAUGUCGGGCACUUCAAUGGCUACUCCUCAUAUUGCAGGCCUUGCUGCCUACCUCCUCGGUACGGGUCAGAAGGUUGCAGGUCUGUGCGAUUAUAUCAAACAGACUGGCGUUCAAACCCUGUCCGGUGGCCCGAACGGCACGACCAGGACCAUUGCCAACAACGGUUAUUCCGGUGACAGCCAGCGGUCAUACUUUAACCUGAUGUAA